AUGUACCAAGAACCUGAGUUUCUUUUUGUUCCUCCGGGAUCCGCUUCCGCCAACCAUGAGCGCCAAAAUCCCACACACGACUUGAUAUAUAGCGGCGGCUCACCUAUAGCACCACUGCAACUGUCCCAGCGCCAGCAACUUUGUCUGCGCCUCACAGUCAAUACCAGGCUAUUCGAGUCGCCCAACCCUAAUACCCACUACUGGUACAGCCGAGACAUGGACUGGUGGUUUUCGGCAGCGAAGCAAGUGUUGGACGAUUUACAUCGGCUCCUCUCGAGCCAAAGCCCCGCCGACAGGUCCUUCCUCUUCAGGGUAUCCCUAUGCGGGCCGUGGCGAUGCGGUCCUUGGAAGUCCCAAGUGACGUGGCUAUCGCGCUUUAUCCACCGUUACUACGAGGCCAGGGGCACAGUUCUGCACCGCUUCAGAAGCAGGGUCGACAAGCACCUCAAAGACCACCCCGACCCCCUCUAUUUCGACGCCUUCCUGCUCCAGUGCUGGUCCGAGAUGACCUUGAGCCUGGAACAGGAGAGCACACUUGCGACUAUCGAACGCAUCAACGACGAGGCACCAGAGAUCUGUGUGAAGGUCAUCCAGGCGCACAUGCGCAGGAUAGCCCGCCAUUAUGGACACCAAGGGCCUUGUGUCGACGAACCGUGGAUCCCCGACCCAGCCGCAAACAUCAAAGAGUGGGCGCGGCUCCAGCCGGAACUGGCCGGCGAGCACCGCGCCAUGUUCUUGCAUUACGCCCGGCACCUGGUCGCAGAAUCCGUGCUUGAUCGUGAGGCGGCCUACCUGCGUGUGGACAGCAGGGAAUCGUCGCAGCGCCAUGAUGAAGAUUUGCGCGCCCUGCACCUCCGCGCUAUGACGCACCGGCUUAUUUCGUACAUCGAUUGUGUCAUUAUCCUUGCGCAGCGGGAGGUGGGGAUGGUCCGCUGUGUCGGCAUGCCGUCGGGGUCGCUGUCUAGGGCGUUUUCGUCUACGACGCCGUUGUCGUUGUUCAUGGCGUCGUCGCGCGGCCCUGAGACAUGCGCCGGUCUGAAACGGUCGUCGCGCGGCCCCGAGACAUCCAUUGGUCGGAGAAGUAGCUUACAAAUUGUUAUUCGUUGCGAUGUCCAAAGAUAA